CCUUAAACCAGACAUUCUCCUUCCUUCCCUUUCUCAUUGGGCGCCCGACACAACGCGCACCGUCACAGCUAGACUCCAGAGCAGACGUGUAAUCCAUUUCGAGGAUUAUAAAAGAAGGAGCAGUUCCGCCUGUCACUGCAGUGUCGUUCCUUUCCUCUUGGACCCUAAUUACCUACAACCCGAUUGCCACCAUAGAAAUCUCCCCACCAGCGAUCUUUGACACCUCGCACGCGACUCCCGCAAAAUACCUUCUUCUGCCGCGGCGACGAUAAAGACGACAAAGGGCGAUCAUGGGCGAUCGUACACAGCGGCGGGACAACACGCCGACCACGUCGCAGACGAUGACGACGUCGACCCAGGCUAGCACGGACUCGGACUCGCGCACCGAGUCGCCGCGGAUCCUGCGCCUGCGCGGCGGCCACACCUCGAGCGCCCGCUCGGUGCAGUGGGCCGAGGACGUGGUGGACAACGAAGGGCUCGGGCGGAAGAGCUCCAAAGUGUGCUGCAUAUACCAUAAACCAAAGGCCGUGGGCGAAUCGAGCGACGAGUCCUCAUCGGACGACUCGUCGUCCUCUUCAGACUCCGACUCCGACUCCGGCGCGGAUGGCAAGAAGCGCAGCGGCGACGCCAAGAAGACGCCUGCGUGCGGGCACUCACACAGGCACGGCCGGCACCGGCGGAGGGACCAGGGCGAUAAGCAGAAGCGACCGCCGAGCCCGAACGCCUACGAAAAGGUGCCCAAGUAUAAGCCGAAGGAGGACCAGGCUCCGGCCUCGAAGGCCUAGUGUCGGAUGUGCGGGAGUGGUCUGAGAGACGAUAAGAGACUUGAAGACCGAGAGGUCGUGAUAUCCAGAACAGGGGCGUAACGGAUACUACAAAGGAAGAAGCGCAUACGUUGUCGUCACUAGCAUUUCAGGCGUUCGUUGCAUGGAGUAUUCAGCGCGAAAUAUAUUGCUUAUGGGCCAUGCAUGCAGGAAAAGAAUCCUAUGC